CGGGUGGCCACUUCCGUCGUCGCGGUCGGCCAUGUCGAUUCUUGCAGUGAUCACAGAUGGACGCGUGAAAGUCAACAACCGGUAUUACGACAGUGAUCGCGUUGCUUGAAAUAUUGUAUCAUUGCAGGACGGUUUUACGAUUAAGGUUUAUUAUUAAGAUUGCAUGUAUCAUCGCGAGAUAUAUGAGUUUCGCCUCGAGCUGAUCGCCCAUAUCGUCUUACUGUUUUUUAUAUGUGUUACGUUUUCUUUCUGUUGUCGGCGGAACAGCAAUAGUAGCAGUGGCAGCAGCAACAGCGACAACAGCAGCAGCUUCCGUAACUUGCACCUUGUCUCCCUUUGAGUGCGUCGUGAUAUUGUUGCCUCUUUUCUACAUAACUGUAGUGAUCUAAUUGCUUCGAUAUCUGCCGAUUGCCGGAACAUCGGAUAAACGAAGAUGAGUGCGAACAACAUGCAGGCGUUGUUUGCAUGUUCCAGGUGUUUUUCCAGGCAUCCUUUUGAGGAUUUAUCACCAGGACAACAGUUGUGCAAGGAAUGUAGAGGAGCAUUUCCUGUAGUCAAAUGCACAUAUUGCAGAUCAGAAUUCCAACAGACUAUAAAAGGUAACACAAGCACUAUAUGUAAGAAGUGUGAACAGAAUGUAAAGUCUUAUGGGAAGCCAUCAGCUUGCGAGUAUUGCAAUACCAUUGCUGCAUUCAUCGGCAGUAAGUGCCAAAGAUGUACAAACUCGGAGAAACGUUAUGGUCCACCAGUCACAUGUGAGCAGUGCAAGCAGAAGUGUGCCUUUGAUAGACAGGACGAGGAUAAGAAGGUGGAUGGAAAAUUAUUAUGUUGGCUUUGUACAUUGUCGUAUAAACGAGCGUUGGCGAAGACAAAACAAUCUGACGCGGAGAGAAGAGCGCACAUGAAACUGGCUCAACAGCGGGCCGCAAAGCACAAAGAACAAAAAUUGAAAGGUCACAAUAAAAGACCGCACAGGGUCGACGUAACGAAGCUGCCGCCGCAAUCUGAGGGCGGCGAUACGAACGGUCCCAGUCCAAUGAAAGCGGCGCGAAUGGCCGGCGUGCACGAUCCGCACGAUCCAAACAGUUCGGAUCACGUGGUGGCGGUCACCCAACUCAAGGAAAAGAUUGCGCAUCUACAAAAACAGAUCACCAUCAAGGAUGGCCAGUUAUUGGCUAAGGAUAGACAAAUUACCGAGCUGAAGGCGAAGAACUUCACAUCCGAAACGGAGUUGCGCAAUAAGAUGAAGGCAUCAGAGAAGGAAUAUGAGACGAAAAUUUCGAACAUGCAGCACAAGAUUUCAAGUCUACUGAAGGAGGUGGCGUCGUUGUCGAAGACGUCCAAGCGAGGUGACCGGGUGGCUGCUACCAAGACGGAAGCUGGGACCAAUAGCGGUAGCGGGACAGACAGUCCUGUACCUUGAUAAGGUAGGAGACGCUCUUCUCUUUCUUCGCCGUUCCUCACGGUAUCAGCGCGAACGCUUUGAAAGUGUUUCAAACGCUACGAUACAUUUAUAAAGACACAUUUGAGGAAAUAAUAGGCCACGCGAGCGUCACCCGCAUGUAUCACAAGCCACGGUGCGCAGAUGUGUGAGGAGCCUUCUCUCUGCGAUUAUUCACAGGCACUUGAUUAGCCGUGACAACGUACUCGAAUUGUCCGCAAGCUAUAUGAACCACGUGGUACAUAUUACAAAUAUAGACAAUUGUUUCCAUUUACGAGACAAAAUUAUAUUAUUUUUCUAAUUAUUGCAUAGCUGUAUAUUAUUACCGAUGUGCACUGAAAGAGAAGAAACCGGUGUUGCUUGUGUCUCCGUUUAGGGGGGACCGACCAACGAUAUAAAAAUACAAGAUUUAUAUACAUAAGUUGUGUAAUAUUCACCGCCGAUUUCUUUCUCUCGGGUGAUUGCUUGCAACCAAGCGCCGAUAACGCGCGACGAUUCGUCCGCCAUUGCAACGGCCGAUCUGCACGACAACGCAUAUGUUAUUAGUUAGUGAAAAAUUCCGCGUUGUAGCGGAUCGUGCGGUUCAUUUGUGUCUUCUCUGCGACAUGCGAGAUCUCGGAGAACGCGCAGUCCCUAUACGGGA